AGCGAACACCAACUGACUGACUUACCCACAAUACAUUCCAAUUCCAAGUAGUGCUUUCCUUAUUCUAUUCCUGUACAUACACACAUACAUACAAACACACAUACAUACAUACACACACACACGCACGCACAUACACACCAUGGCUGAUGCGCUCACAUAUGAAUUUCCUGAUUUCUUGAACGAUGGAUCCUCGUUGAUGCAAGAUACUAUAGAAGGACUAUCACUAGAUGAAGAGAUUAAACGAGCAAUUAUGUCUUUAGAUAACGAACCAUCGCCACUUGAAUCAUCAGCAGCAUCAUCUCAAUUUGAUUCUCCAGUCACGCUAGAUACAGAAAUUAGCUACCCUGAAGAAGAAGUAGUGCAGGACAAACAUGUGAAUAUGAAUACCAUUGCUAGUAUUAAGCAGGCUAUGGUUGAUACUUCUAAGUUGUUGGGGUUAUAUACAACAUUAAAGGUUACAUAUUUGAAAUUAUGUAAGGAAUUUAACUAUUUAUUGACUAAAUUUAAUGAAAAUGAACGGAUCAAGAUUGAGUUGAUUCAUGAAAAUAACGAGUUGAAAAAGUUAUUGUACGAUUUAAUAAAAGAAAGGGAGAUUGAAAAGAGAGAACAGAAGCAGCAAAAUAGAGGGUGAAUAUGGGUCAUCUUUGGCAUAUUAGCAUAGCAUAUCUAGCAUAGGUUGGACAGGUGAACUAGUUCUUACUGAUUCUAACUGUUUGACAUCAAUCAAUUUUAACGAAUUUAUAGAUUACAUACUUAUAAAUAAUGGGAUUUAG